GCCUCAGAGGAGCAGACGGGCGCUCAGAGCAAAGGAAGCCAGCCGGGCGCAGGGGAAGCAGGAAGCCACGGCCGGCCUGUGCUGAGCCCUGCGGCGGGCCGGGGUCGGCGGAAUGGAGUCCGUGGCCCUGUACAGCUUCCAGGCCACAGAGAGCGACGAGCUGGCCUUCAACAAGGGGGACACGCUCAAGGUGCUGAACAUGGAGGACGACCAGAACUGGUACAAGGCUGAGCUCCGGGGUGCUGAGGGCUUCAUCCCCAAGAACUACAUCCGUGUCAAGCCCCACCCGUGGUACUCCGGCAGGAUUUCCCGGCAGCUGGCGGAAGAGAUCCUGAUGAAGAGGAACCACCUGGGCGCCUUCCUGAUCCGCGAGAGCGAGAGCUCGCCGGGGGAGUUCUCCAUCUCCGUGAACUACGGGGACCGAGUACAGCACUUCAAGGUGCUACGUGAGGCCUCGGGGAAGUACUUCCUGUGGGAGGAGAAGUUCAACUCCCUCAACGAGCUGGUGGACUUCUACCGCACCACCACCAUCGCCAAGAAGCGCCAGAUCUUCCUGCGGGACGAGGAGCCCCUGCUUAAGGCGCCCCGGGCCUGCUAUGUCCAGGCCCAGUUUGACUUCUCGGCCCAGGACCCCUCACAGAUCAGCUUCCGCCGCGGUGACAUCAUCGAGGUCCUGGAGCGCCCCGACCCCCACUGGUGGCGGGGCCGGUCCUGCGGGCGCGUGGGCUUCUUCCCGCGGAGCUACGUUCAGCCGGUGCACCUGUGACCAGGACAGCAGCGCCGCUCCGCCAGUGGGCCACACGAGCUCCGCGGGGACCGGGCUGAACGUGGCCUCCUGUCUCUGACUACUCCACACAAACUGGGCAGCCCCUGGUGCCCCAGAACUGCAGCGUGUUUGGUGACAAUGAGGAGUGGGAAGGUCCGGGGCUCCCCUUUGGCUGUCGCCAGGAGGCAGCUGAGGCCCCACCUCCUCCUGUCAGUGGCCUUGGCCACCUAGAGGACCCAGGGGUCCUGGAUCCCACCCUGCAGGGGCUCCAGCGAGAAACUCCAGGCUUGGUGGGUGGGUUCCCCUUGGGCCUGCUUGCCGGUCUCCCAAAGGCCCCUCUGACUGUGCGGGAAGAUGGGGGGUGGCUCAGUCCCGGGCCAGGCUGCACACUUGUUUCAAAGCUGGACUUGGGCAGGCUCCGGGUGGACCUGUGACUUCCGCCCACCUGGCCUCCUUGGGGAGGGGGAGGGCCCUGAGACCCCCAGGAAGGGGCGGGUUGGGAAGAAGUGAAGAGGCUCAGACUCUUUCCUGCUGCCCACACUCAGAUGAGCGCAGGGUGGCCCAGGGCCAGCUGCACUGGCUUUCCUGUUUGGGCCCAGGUUCUGGCCAGACAGGGCCCAGGCAGCUUGGGGGCCGCAGCACAAUCCACAGGCCAGAAAAGUUGGGGCUUUGGAGGUCCGAUGGGAUCCAGAAAGGGGUGGCAGCCUGGCAGGGGCUGGAUGUCUGACGAAACCUUCACCCCUGCCUGGAGCCGGGUCACCUCUGGGAGCAGGGAAGAGGAGGAGGGCUUGGCGAGGCCUGAAUGCGGGCUGAAGGUGCGGGAAGGGAAGGCGUGGAGCUGCGGGCGCCAUGGGACGCUGUGGGGCCGUGGGGCGCCUUUGGGUUGCUG